AAUUUGAAUCUUAACGAAUGAAAAGUGGAGGGAAAUAUUAAAUCAUAUAAGUUUCGUUUUCAUCUCACAGAGUGCGUAAGAAGUGACCCGAACAUAUAUAGAUGGCGGGUUGUCAUUAAAACAGAAACGAUGCACCAUAUUUAGUAGGCUACUAGCCAUAGUGAAAAAUUGUUGAUUGUAUCUUUUAAUUUUAUAUGAAUAUAAAAGCUAAUAAGAGGAGAAAUGUGAUCCAUUUCAUAAAGUAAUGGCAACAGCUUCUUAUUCUUAGUUACGAAAAGCAGAAGCUCUUGUCUUAAAGUGAGACAUCGGACGUCAGUCGUGAAAAUCUGGGCAUGUUGUGUGAAAAGAUUAUUGAUAUAAAAAAAUGUCACUGAUGUCGUCAACAAUACGUUCAAUCCAAAGAAAUUUAUUGACAAAUAGGUGAAGAUGGAAGAUGAAGCUGAUCUUAGAGAACAAUUAUUUCACAACACAGUACGGGAGAAUAUUAUAUUCUUCCUUUUGUUCCUGAUUCUCUAUGUUUCAAGCUAUGCCUUAAUUGCGAAGUUUCGACGAAGAGACCGUGAAGAUUAUUUUUCCGUGGAUGAAGAUGAAGCAACGGUCUACAGAAUCAGUCUUUGGUUAUGUACCGUUGCUCUGGCGGUUUCUGUCGGAGCAACCUUGCUGCUUCCGGUUUCAAUUGCAAGCAACGAAGUGUUGAUAUUAUAUCCGAACAGUUAUUAUGUUAAGUGGCUCAAUAGCUCACUUAUACAAGGUCUGUGGAAUCAUGUAUUCCUCUUUUCAAAUUUGUCUCUCUUCGUAUUUUUACCGUUUGCAUACUUAUUCACUGAAUCAGAAGGAUUUAUUGGAUAUAGAAAGGGUUUAAUGGCUAGAGUUUAUGAAACUGUGACAGUUCUUUGUUUAUUAGGAACACUUGUAUUAGGAAUGACAUAUGUUUUAUCAGCACUAAUAGAUUAUCAGAAAUCUAGCCUACAUACAUUGCUCAAUUUAUGGAGUUACUAUUUGCCUUUUCUUUACUCUUGCGUUUCUUUUGUUGGAGUUGUUAUGUUAUUGCUAUGUACACCAAUGGGAUUUGUACAGUUAUUUGGAGUAGUUGGCUCAUUUCUCGUAAAACCGCAGUUCCUAAAGAAUUUAGAUGAAGAAUUCUCUGCAUAUAGAUUAGAGGAAGAUUGUAUUCAUAGAAGAUUACAACAUGCGAAAGCGACGGGGAAAUCAUACGUUUCGCCAGUGCCUAUGUCGAUAUUAACUUGUGGUUUAAUAUUCGAAGAUGAUGAAUUUCUUAACGCAAAUCCAAACUUAAUGUGCUUAAGGAAUGGUGCUCUCCAGCAUGGAUUAGCUCAGUAUUUGAAAAAUAUUCAGAAACGAAGGAAUAUUUUGGAUCAGCAAAGGCGAACGUGGUGGGUUCGACGAACUUUGCUGUAUCCUUUGGCCAUGUUAGCAUUACUUAUACUUUCCACUGCCACAGCUUUGUUAGCAGUUCAAAACACAUUAGAAUUGCUGAUUGGUAUUAAAGCAUUACCUUUGAGUACAAGGCAAUUCACUCUAGGUAUCACCUCAUUAUCGAAAUUAGGUCCUAUUGGAGCAGCAAUUGAAGUAGCAGUAAUUUUGUAUCUAGCUGCUACGAGCGCAAUAGGUUUGUACACACUUCCUGGUGUUAAACGCGUUCGACCUCGACUUCAUUCCACACCUCUUAUUCACCUUAUUGCAAAUUGUGCUCUUCUUCUUGUAUUGAGUUCAGCGUUACCAUUGUUGUCUAGAAUAUUAGGUAUGACGAACUUUGAUUUGCUCGGCGAUUUCGGUCGUAUUGAAUGGCUUGGUAAUUUCAAAUUAGUACUAUUUUAUAAUUUAAUCUUCGCUACGGCAGCGAUUAGUUGUUUAGUAACGAAAUUUACGGCGACUGUUCGCAAAGAAAUUUAUGCCAGAUUAAGAAGUAGCUUGAUAGGAAUAUUUAAGAGUGACGGUAAGAAAAAUUCUAUAGGAAUAUGUCCUACGAAAGAAGAUUAGACUGAUUUCCGUUGUAAACAGAGAAUAAAAAUCAAUAUUCUGCGUUAAAUAAAAAAAAUGGAACUUAAAAAUGUGAAUUUUUGUAUUCGCAUAAUGUUAAUAAUAUAGAUGUGUACAAGAUAUAUAAUAUAUGUGUGCGAGAGAGA